UUCAUAACUAUUUAUCCUUCUUCUAUCAUUCAAUGGCCAACAAAUGAUUUAUAAUAAAAAACAAGAAAACGCAUAUUCCAAAAGAAUCCAUUCCAAUAAACUCCCACACUUCCAACUUCGUUGGAUUCUCUAUCGCUAAUAAUCAAAUUGAUUCUAUCCAAAUUCCAAAACUUGUUCCUUCCUUCUGAAUAUGAACACUACCGCUCUCUCUAUAAACCCUUCUCUUCCUUCAUCUUCAUCAUCUUCUUCACACCCUUCUGUUACCUCUCUUAGAUUCCAACGUUUUUCAUCAUUAGGACCAAAACCCAUUACUCUUUCUUGUAGAAAAACUCAAUUUUGCUAUUUUCAAGGGCUAAAAACGGUCAAGGGUAGAAAAAGUUUGGUGCUUGAAGCUACAAACAUGGAUAAAACAGAGGUUGAUUCUCAUGAUGAAGAGGAUAAGGAAGAGGGUAGUUCUUCUACUUUGGUUGACUCUGAAAAUCAGAGGAAUUCAAAGCCUCGGAGAAUUGCUCUCUUUGUUGAGCCUUCUCCAUUUGCAUAUGUCUCAGGAUACAAAAACCGGUUUCAGAAUUUUAUCAAAUGUCUUCGCGAAAUGGGAGAUGAGGUGAUGGUUGUGACAACACAUAAAGGAGUGCCCCAGGAGUUUUAUGGAGCUAAAUUAAUAGGAUCUUGGAGCUUUCCGCUCCCUUGGUAUCAAAACGUACCCCUCUCUUUGGCACUUAGUCCAAGAAUAAUUUCAGAGGUAGCUCGGUUUAAGCCUGACAUAAUACACGCAUCAUCACCAGGCAUAAUGGUUUUUGGUGCUCUUAUCAUUGCUAAACUUUUAUCUGUUCCAAUUGUCAUGUCUUAUCAUACCCAUGUACCAGUGUACAUUCCAAGAUAUACAUUUAGUUGGCUGGUGAUACCUAUGUGGUGGGUCAUAAAAUUUCUUCACCGAGCCGCUGACCUGACUCUGGUGCCAUCUGUUGCCAUUGGAAGGGAUCUUCAAGCGGCAAGAGUGACAGCAGCUAACAAGAUUCGUCUUUGGAACAAAGGUGUUGAUUCUGAAAGUUUUCAUCCUCGAUACCGUUCGCAUGAAAUGCGAUUAAGGCUAAGCAACGGUGAACCUGAGAAACCCUUGAUAGUUCAUGUUGGACGGCUUGGAGUAGAAAAGAGUUUAGAUUUUCUAAAAGGACUCAUGGAUAAGCUUCCUGAAGCUCGAAUUGCUUUCGUUGGAGAUGGACCAUACAGGGUGGAGCUAGAAAAAUUGUUUGAAGGAAUGCCUGCGGUAUUCACCGGAAUGUUAGGAGGCGAAGAACUCUCUCAAGCAUAUGCUAGUGGAGAUGUAUUCGUCAUGCCUUCAGAGUCCGAGACGCUUGGAUUCGUUGUUUUGGAAGCCAUGUCUUCAGGGAUACCUGUGGUGGGCGCACGUGCCGGAGGCAUUCCCGAUAUAAUUCCUGCGGAUCAAGAAGGUAAAACUGGCUAUCUUUACAAUCCAGGUGAUCUUGAAGAUUGCUUGAGUAAAUUGAAGCCUCUAUUGUUCGACAAAAAGUUGAGAGAAACCAUAGGAAAAGCUGCCCGUGAUGAGAUGGAGAAAUUUGACUGGAAGGCAGCCACCCGAAAGGUUCGCAAUGAGCAAUACAAUGCUGCGAUUUGGUUUUGGCGCAAGAAAAGGGCAAUACUAUUUAGACCGUUACAAUGGAUUACUAAACGUGUUUUCCCAUCGCCACAAGUCAAUUGUAGAUGAUUUAAAUAAGCUUACCAUACUUAGGAUUGUUCCUUGUGUGUAACACAGUAGUUUUUCUGAAUAUAAUGCAGCUUACAUUACAAGAGCUUAAUGCAAAAACAAAACAAACCAAUUCUAAAAUUGAGUCAAAGUUUGUUGAAGACCAUCAAAUGCUUUCUUAAGAUAUGGAACAAUUUGUGAUGGAAUGUCCAUAGUGGCUUCUGCAUUUUCA